AUGGAAUUUGCUAUCCUUACCAAGCUAUUUCACAACCCUCUUGUGUCUCUUGUUCUUUGGUCCAUUGCUGCAACAUCACUGAACCCUGCAAUGGCCACAAAACGUUGUGAUUUCCCUGCCAUCUUCAACUUUGGUGCCUCAAACGCUGACACUGGUGGCUUGGCUGCUUCCUUUCCUUUUGCUGGACCAAAACCACCCAAUGGAGAAACCUUUUUCCAUAGACCUGCUGGAAGGUUCUGUGAUGGCCGACUCAUCAUUGACUUCUUGGCAAAUAGUUUUGGACACAAUUAUCUCAGUCCAUAUCUUGAUUCAAUGGGGUCCAACUUCUCACAUGGAGCAAAUUUUGCAUCAGCUGGAGCUACAAUCAGACUCCAACAAGGUUUUGGGCAGUCUAGAUUCAGUCCUUUCAACUUUGGAUAUCAGUACUCGCAAUUCGAACGUUUUAAACCUACUACACAGUUCAUUAGAGACCAAGGUGGGGUGUUUGCAACCCUUAUGCCCAGAGAAGAAUACUUUGAUGAAGCUCUAUACACAUUUGAUAUAGGCCAAAAUGAUCUAACAGCUGGCAUUUUUGGUAACAUGACCCUACAACAAGUAAAUGUUUCUACACCUGAUAUAAUCUCGACUUUCACAUCAAACAUAAAGAACAUAUACAAUCUGGGGGCAAGAUCAUUUUGGAUUCACAACACUGGACCCAUUGGUUGUCUCCCUACGAUUUUGGCCAAUUUUGCAUCUGCUGAACUGGAUGAGUAUGGUUGUGCAAAAGCAUAUAAUGAAGUGGCUCAGUCUUUCAACCAAAAUUUGAAGGAAGCCUUGGCUCAACUCCGUAAGGAACUUCCUUUGGCUGCAAUCACAUAUGUAGACAUCUACACUCCUAAGUACUCUCUUUUCAGCAAUCCAAAGAAAUAUGGCUUUGAGCUUCCACAUGUUGCUUGUUGUGGCUAUGGAGGGAAGUACAACUUCAGCAAUAGCGUUGGAUGUGGAGGAACCAUUAAGGUCAAUGGCAAAGAUAUUUUUGUGGGUUCAUGUGAACGACCAUCUGCUAGAGUGAUAUGGGAUGGGACCCACUACACUGAAGCAGCUAACAAGGUUGUCUUCGAUCAAAUCUCUUCUGGGGCUUUCACAGAUCCACCCAUUCCAUUGAAUAGGGCAUGUGAUAGAUAUUGA